GGAAACUUGGGUGGCCAUCAAAGAGAGGAGCUUUCGAUAGCUUCGAAAUGGAAGGAGCAGCUCAAAUGGCUGUGCCCAUUCUGGGAAUCGUAGCAGUUGCCGCAGUGACAUUCUAUGCUGUUAGCUUCGCAGAGAUCCGUGAGAAGUCUUUCAAGGACUUGGAGGACUCGGAGGAAACGGAAAGUGGGGGUGGAUUCCGGUCCUCGGCCAGCUCCAGGGAGCGAAGAGCCAAGAGAAAAGCCGAGAAAGAGGCCCGGAAGUGAUAUUAUUGAACUCCAGUCUUCUAUAGAUGCCAUGAGAGCGUUCUUCUUUUCUUCUUGUGGAACCAACGGGAAAAAAAAAUUACAAACAAGUUGUCUGCUUCUUUUUUCCUGGUUUUUCUAAUUAAGCUACAUUUCCCCUUGGAUGGAACCUUUCAUGCUCAUCAUCCUAAUUGUGGAUUGCUGCAGCUUUAAAGGCUAUACAAUUCGGUUUACGGAUGAAAUUUAUGAAUUUCUGUUGGACAUAUAGAUUUUUCUAAUCUUAAUUCUGAUAUCCUUUUCA